GGACUAUGAUAUCACUUCUCCUCUCCUCUUGCUUCAAGUCUUCAACCCAACCCUGGAUUGUCCCACACUAUUGUUCUUAGAAAUUUGGCAGAAAAGAUGAAGCUGAAGCAAUUAGAGGGCCUCCUAGGUAAUCUUGAUCAGUUUUCCGCUCCAAAGAUUGAACUUGAACAAUACCCAACUGGCCCUCACAUUGCUUCUCGGAUGCUAUACACUGCAGAGAAUUCAUUUGAGGAUGUGAGUGAUAAGGUGGUUGCUGACUUUGGUUGUGGGUGUGGCACAUUAGGAAUUGCUGCUGCUCUUUUGGGCGCAGAUCAUGUUAUAGGUUUCGAUGUGGAUGCUGAUUCCCUUGAAAUUGCGUACUUGAAUGCAGAAGAUUUAGAGUUGGAUGUAAAUUUUGUCCAAAGUGACAUUCGGAACUUGCAAUGCAGAGGAAAAAUCAUUGAUACGGUUGUGAUGAAUCCCCCUUUUGGAACCCGUAAUAAGGGAGUUGACAUGGACUUUCUAUCUGUAGCUUUGAAGGUUGCUUCUCAAGCAGUAUAUUCUCUGCAUAAGACGACAACAAGAGAAUAUGUGAAAAAGACAGCCUUGCGAGAAUAUAACGCUAAAAGUGCAGAGGUUCUGUGUGAGCUUCGAUAUGAUGUCCCAAAACUGUACAAAUUUCAUAAGAAAAAGGAGGUUGAUAUUGCAGUGGACUUGUGGCGAUUUGUACCCACACCGACCGUUGAAAGUGAUGUUUGAUAUUGAAGAUGGGCGUAAUUGUUGCAAAAAUCUGUAACUCUUGUUCACCUACAGAAACUGUAAUGACUCACAUUGUUCCAGAACCUGUUACUCUAUUCGUUCUUUUUCCUCUUGCAGAUGGUAACGAAGAAAGCUAGCACUCGAGUCAAGCAAGGCGUGAUUUCCGGAACAAGAAAAUACCCUUUUAAUUGAUCUUGUAGGUAGUAGAUUUUGUCUCUCCAAUGUCAAGACAAGAAACUAGGAAAUAUACACAUUAAUCUCCUGUAAACCUUUUCUUUCUCCAUUAAUAAAUAUGAAGUAUACUCCCUUAUUUGUUUA